CUCUGACAUCCACAUGGACGUGGCAGUGCCACACACCACAGGCCUGAGCCCAGCCCCAGAGGUUGAGGACUGCACUUGCCCGCCUGGCUACCGAGGGCCAUCCUGCCAGGACUGCGACGUUGGGUACACACGCACCUCGAGCGGCCUCUAUCUGGGCACCUGCGAGCCAUGCAGUUGCAACAGGCAUGCCACCGAGUGCGACGUGGAGACGGGAGAGUGCCAGGGAUGCCAGCACCACACGGAAGGGCUCCACUGUGAACGUUGCCAGCCUGGAUUCUAUGGGGAUGCCCAGCACGGGACGCCCAGGGACUGCCAACCGUGCCCCUGCCACGGACCAUCCUCAGCCAUCCAAGAAAGCGGGACCUGUUUUGUGGAUGCUGACGGAGAGCCCACCUGCGAUUCCUGUGCCCCGGGUUACAUCGGGCGCCAGUGUGAAAGGUGCGCUCCUGGCUACGUUGGGAGCCCUAGCCUGGGUCAGCCCUGCACAGGUGAGUUCGGAGGAAAGGUGGGUGAUGGAGGGUUGGCCAUGCCAGGGAUGGGGGAAGCUGCUGCUGACAGGAUGAAAUCAGAACUGGCAUGGGAAAGAAAGUAAGAGAGAA